GACGUCAAAUGGACUUGUAGCAGUUCUUUCUCGCAGAAUGGAAGUAGCCGUGGAAGUGAAACGGAUUAAACUCGCUUAAUCUUGGCAGGAUAUUGAACUCUCCUUCGCUUUUUUUUUUUUUCCCCAAGCCCCCUCUGUGUGCCGGUGAGAUAGUUAUUAAAACGAAGCCUGGCUUUGCGGCUGCUCCUCUGAUAGUGCCCCCCGUAUGGAGGAUGAGGAGGAUGAUGUGUUUGAGCCAGAUCCCAACUGCUGGCGCACGCCCUUCAGGGAGAUAAAGUGUGAAGACCGGGGCACGCAGACGCCCGGUCCUGGCCAGGUGCUACACAACGGCAUGCUGCCCUGUGGUGUUGCGGAGGAGCCCAGACGACUAUUCUACGGUAACGCAGGUUUUCGAUUGCACUUCCCAGCGCAUUUUGAACUUGUCGGGGAUUUUGACGCGAGGCAACAAGAGGAGCAGAACAGGAUGGAGCAGUUACCCCUGCACCAGCCGGCUGCACUCAGCUUGGAGGCCUGCAUCGGGCAGAAGCUUCAGCUGAUAGGCGACCAGUUUCACCGGGAACACUUACAACAGUACCAACAAAACCAAAGGAAUCAGGGGCCGCUGUGGUGGCGCAUGACUGCAGCUCUUCUCAGCCUCCUGUUUCAUAGGGGGUUUAUUGCUGGAGGAGGUGGAGCAGGACGGAGGUGAGGGGGAACUUCCUCUUAUAUCCUUUGUCUUCAUCUCUGUUGUGACGAACUGGACUCCUGAAGGCACUGUCCAAUCUAACACGGGUCUGUUUGAGGGAGGAAAGAAAGGAGGGAAAAUGGUCACCGCGGGACGGCGACAACCAAAUUUUAUACAAGGGCGUGUGUUUUUUUUCUUUAAAAGAAGAUGCCAUGAUGCUCCGGGAUUCAUCUAAAGGACAAUGUUUAUAUUUAGGCCUACAUGUCAUGUAGUCGUCUUGUACAGUACAUUGUUCGAUUUUUUUUUUUUUUUUGGUUUGUUUUGGGGUUUUUUCUGUGCACUUCAAUAUGUGUCCUUCUUAAAAGACCUGACCUCCACAGACCUUGGGAAUGCCUUAGUCAGUGUCUUCUGCCAGAAGGAGAGUUGAGUGUUUUUUUUGACGAGCAAGAUGAGAUGGUUAAGGAAAUGAAAUGUAAUGUGGUGUGACGGUUUCUUUUCUGAAGUCCCCCAGGAGACCAGUCAAGUUAAUUUACUCACUUCCAAAGAGGCCACUUCCCAGAACAAAGCAUUUUGCACCUCACCUCUAUGGAACAUUUAUCUAUUUAUCUUUUCUAUGUAUUUUUCUCUUUAUUUUCUGUGCUUUGGUGUCAAUUUUAACCCGUCAUAUCUUGUAGGAUUUCAGGAAUAAGGUAAACAUUCUGUACAUAAAAAAGUUGGCACACUGUGAAUUGUUAUCAAAGUUUAGUUGUGCGCUACAUGUCAAACAUUUGAGACUUUUUCAACCAUAUAAGAGGUGAAAUUUGCUGUUCUGAACAACACUACCUGGUUAAACGGGCCUGGUUGGUGCCAGCAGACCUGAUAAACAUCAAAAAAGACUUUAGAUAAAUGUCAGACAUUAUACAGAUGACUCCACUUUUAUGACUAAAGAACUGACAAGAUAAAUUAGCCUUAAAUACAGUUCAGUAGUGGAUACUUAACAUGCAUUUAAUCAUUUACAUAUUUUAGGAUCUUGUUUUGAUUUUGCUUGUAGCAACAUUAAUUACUGUUGUAUUUUCUGAUAGCAUCACUUAUCUAUGAAAAGUCGGUCACAUAUCAUUAUCACUAGCAGGUUUUGCAUAAAUGUCCUUCCUUCUAUAUGCUUGUCCCAAUUUCUGUGAUGAACGUUAUUCUGAAAAACUUCUCAGAAUCGUGAAAGGUUACUUUAAAAAAAAAAAAGGUUUCCCAUUGACUGGAUAUUUAGUUACACAACUGAAAACUUGUUUGGGUUACAAUUGACAUAACGGGUACUGAUGAUGCCCGCCAGGCCUUGCCCUCUCUGGACGAAGAGCAGGAUCGCCCAAAUAAAACAACUGCCAUUUGACAUGAAAGUUAAUGAAUAGACACUCAUCUGUCUGGUUAAUAGAAAUGUUAUAUCUUGUAGCUGUACUAACAGCGAAGGGAUGUCUGAGAUGUAGCACACUGAGUAGAUAUUUACAUUAAAAUCAUAGGGUGUUGACUUUUACAUGUAUAUAAAAAACUAUUAAGGUCUUGCACCAUGCACUAAAUUAGAGCAAAUGAAUCAAGCACACUGUCACACUGUUUAAAAGUUUACUUUUUUAAGUUUCAUUUCACCAAAUAUACAGUUUUUUUUUAGCAUAGCCUUAUUCCUAGGAUUUUCCCUUCAUUUCAUGUGUUCUUUUUAUGUGAUUGUUUUCAGACCUCCAUGCCCUUUAAGUGGAGCUGUGGAUCCACUGUUUUUGCACUAGACUUCCACCCGUUUAAGAGUUCAGAUUGUUUCCGAGCUAACCUCUUUCUCGUAUGAAGGUUUUUCAGUCCCGUCUUGUUUCUUUGCCACCACAUUUCAGAUGUAUUCACUUAUAUGGCCAAGACAAAUGAUCAGUAUUGAGUCCCGACUGACUGAGCACAAUGUGCAUUUAGCAUCAGUUCUGGAUGUUUCACUCACAACUGUUUCAGGAUUUCAGUUGAGCGAGAGCAACUUUUGCGCAGAAGACCAGCUUUGAACAGCAAGCUAAUAUGGCAUAAACAGUCUGUGAAACAGAAUCUCCUCCUCUCAGGAUACCCUUGUGCGGUUUCACAUCAUUUGAUAUUCUGUUGGGUGAUCUUACAUUGUCUGUGGUACUCAGAUUUAGAUUUGGGACGUGGGUACACACAUAACCACCACUGGCUCACCAGACAAACUGUCUCUGAAAAGAAACAAAAGUGAAAAAGGCUGUAAUUACUGUUGAAAUAUGAAUACAUAUAAAGACACUGUUAAAGAUAUUGUUUAUUAUGUUUUUUUGGGUUUUUUUUAUUAUUAUUUUCAUGCUGAAUCUUUUGGACCCGAGGAGCAAUACAUAUCAGGGGUCUAUAAUUACUUGCUCCUUACAAUGUAUCAAGUUGAUCACUGCAUAAUUACUGUCUCAUUUUCUCUUUAAGAUGUCUCAGGGACAGACUUUUUGGGCUACUGGUAACCUUGAGAAUCUGUUACAUGUUUCAGAGAAAAGGAGUGUUGUCACCCAUUUAUUUAUGUUAGAGAACCUCUUGAGGUAUUUUCAAGUCUUCUGUAUUUUCAUUUUAUUUAGAUUUACUGUAUUCUGUCUUCCAUCGUGUGCACACACACACACACACACACACACACACACACACACACAUAGGUACAGUUUGAGGAGUCUGGGCUGGCAUGCUGGCGGUGGUGGUGACAGGGGCUCCUGAGUUUGCAGUCAGAGGAGAGAGAGGUGCACUAAGUGUGGUUGUGGUAAUAGUUUCCUGCAGAUCCUGAACACUGAGCCAGUCCCUGUAGCACCUCUUGACUUCCUCCUCAUGCUGCUCCUGCAUGGCAUGUUUUUUUUGUUUUUUUUUCAGUGGCUCAUUUAAUUUGUAAUUUAUUUUUUCUUCCUUUUUAAUUUAUUUUUUUAUUUUUAUUUUUUUUUUACCAAUUUCUACUGUAUACACUUGUGUGUGCAAUCACAUCUUCCUCUUUCUGCUUUGAUCUUGGACUCAUAAAUGGUUCAGCUUAAGAAUAAUUGUGCCUGAUUUUUUUUUUUUGGGGGGGGGGGAUUUUAUUGUAUCACUCAUUUCUCACAGCCUGUAAAAAAA